AUGAUAAAUAAAUCAAAAAGUAACGAUAGUAAAAAGAGUCCAUCUGAACAAAAGAAUGUCUGGUUGGCUUCAAUAUUUGUUGGUUUAAUAGCGUUGACUUUAAUUAUGAUCAUGUGUCUGGCACUAUGCAGCAUUGCACUCGGUCGAAUGAACGGUUUGGGAUUAUAUCGUCAUAACGAUCUUAACAAUAGGGAUCGUUUUAUUCUUGAUGGGCAUGAUAAUACAAUUCGCCGUAUGGAUUUAUUAUGGGGUUACAAAGAAAGAAAAAUCUUUAAGAAAAGAGAAGAACUUUGUUUUUCAGAUGAUGAUGAUAAUUGUCCAGCAAUGGCAAUAACACUGGCUGCAUUAUCUAUUAAUAUAAGAAAACUUAUUAUUAUCCGAAUGCUUUUCUUUAAUUCUUUUUUUUCUAUUGAGGAAAAAACAACGGUUCAUAGGAUUAAUUUAGAAGAAAUAAAGCAAUUAGAAUACAAAUUAAAAUUAAGUCGAUUAACAUUGUAUUUAACUCAAGCUCAAGUUGUUUAA